AUGAGACAGCUGGAUGCACUAUCUUCAAAUGAUGAUCUGGCGCGUGAGCUGCGAAAGGUUGUGACAAUGCAUAAGCGAGUAUUGAUAUGCUCUCGACUGCUGGAUGAAUCGCUGAGACCACUGUUACUUGUACAGUGGAUUCUUUGCAUUGUUAUCUGGAGUGUGACGCUCGUGUACUUUGACUAUUCGGGUGUUCACAUGAAAUCCUUUUCCAUCAUCAUCAUGUUUCUAUUGGGGACUGCGGAAAUGUUAAGCUACUGCAUCCUGGGAACGAGACUCACGGGCCAGGCGGAGCAGCUGGAACGUGCCAUCUACGCCAGCCGCUGGUACAACCUGCCGAGCAAGGAGCAACGCAAUGUGCAGAUCAUGUUGAAUCAAGCCCAGACGCGGGUCGGGAUCAGAGGCUACAAAUUUGUGAACGUAAAUUUGGAGGAGUUUGCCGCGAUGGUGAAUAGGGCUUAUUCGGCUUAUGUGGUGCUUAAGAGAGAAAUAAACGCAUAG